CUGUUGAUUCCGUAAUUUUCAUAAAAAAAAUCUUUGAAACUGAAAGAGAUUAGAAAUAAAUCAGUAUGACCAACUUGGAAAAUACUCUUCAAAUAGAAACAAAGCUAGAAAAGGAAAAAACCAACCAAGCCCUGUUGAAGGAUCGUGUUGAAAAAUAUUCGGAGUUGACUCGUUCGAUGAAUAAGAUAUUAAACUCUUUCGAGCAACGUUUAGGCAAGCUUGAGCAAACGAUCCUACCCGUUUAUAAUGUAACCAAAAAUCUUCAAAAGCAACAGCAAAAUUUGGACUCGACACUAACUUGUUUGGAGCAAGUUCUUGCCCACUACGAUGCGUCGCAGGAAGUAUGCAAUCUGAUUCACCAAGGACCAUCCGAAGGAAAUAUUGCUGCCUUUCUUGAUGGGUUGAAUAAAUUGAAAAAGGCAAAGGAUUACUUCUUAAAUAACAAUCCGCAGAGUGUUGAGCUCGAGAAUGUAACCAGUCUCUUCAACAAUGGAUGCGAAACGUUGAACAACCAUCUCAAAUCGUUGCUGAAGAAACACAGCACUCCAAUGAGACCGGUCGAUUUGCUAGACUUAAUCUAUAUUGAAGAAGACUCAUCCAAUGAGGACUGUCCUUCGAUCAAGCAACUUCCGACCACUACCCGAGAGGAGCUGAAUGUGAUUGCCCAGUGGUUGGACAAUAAUCUGCGUCGAGAGUACGUUCAAAUUUAUGGGGACGAGCGGUCGGAAGUGAUAAUGCGUUCGCUGCAGAAUCUGAAAGAUCAUCAGAAGAGCGGAAGCUGGGGAAAUGAACCGCUCAAGUCCAGGUAUCAUGGACGUCAGUCUGAUGUAGGACUAAAGAAGUCAACGUCGGCAAGAUUGCAACAAAUCUUUGAACGUAAGGCAAACAAAAUGCUCAUGAAAGCUUCCCAGACUCUUGGUCAAUCUGCUGGGUUGGCAAUGCGCAAAAACUCUUCCUUUGGUGAUAUUCUUGCUGCUGAAGAAUAUGGCAACGAUAACGACCAAGAGCUGGAAAAGUAUUUGGUUUUACUGCUGGGUUUGCAGAAGCUGCUCGUUUGGGAACGGCAGUUACUGAACGAUAUCAUUCCAACGUCCCGUCAUAACGAGGUAUUCUCGCGACUUUCUCAACCGUCGAUUGAAAUGGUGGUGAAGGAUGCUGAAGCAAUCACUGGUCGCGUUCUGCGCAGCAUUAGUCGCAAAGAGUGGUCAGCGGCGCUGGGAAUCUUCUCUGCCUUAAAACACGUUCAAAUUUUGCAACCAGAUAUUGACAAAAUUUGCGACACUGCCCAGCGACAACAGCUCAGUGGAGUACUGAGCAAACUGCAGCAGACAGGUUCCAAGGCUUUAGAACAAUUUAUUGACGCUGUCAAGAAUGACGCGGGAAGCGGUGGAAUGGUCAGUAUGAGUUCCAGCACUAUAAGCUAUGGCGGAGGAUCAAAUGUUCCGAAGGAUGCCACCGUGUAUGAGUUGACUUCCAACACAAUUUGGUUUCUGGAACAACUUCAGGAGCAUUGCGAUACUAUUGGAAGUAUUUUGCACAACGAACCAAUUUAUACGAGCGAUCUAGAUCGCAUUGCAUCCCAUAAAACUGUUUCGGUGGAACAAAAGAACAAAGCACUUCUAGGGAUCUAUGUACGGAAGGUCCUGGGCGAGUUGAACUACACAAUUGCUACGAAAUCGGAACAGUAUGGAGAUCUAGCAACAAAACAACUUUUCAAAUUAAAUAAUACUCACUACAUUUUGAAGUCUCUCCAACGUUCGAAUCUUAUCGAUAUCGUUGCACUAACGGAACAUGACUGCGAAAAACGCUACCAGAAGAUGAUUCAGGAUCUCAAAAAAGCUUACCUCAGUUCGUGGUCUAAGCUGCUGGCCAACAUUACACCUUUGGAGGACAUUCCCAGACCGGUUAACGGGCGCGUUAAAGAUAAGGAACGAGCGAUCAUCAAGGAACGUUUUUCCUGCUUUAACAAAGAGCUGGAGGAAGCCAUGCGUACGCAGCGAGCCGUUUCCGUUCCGGAUGUGCUGCUGCGCGAGGGUAUUAAACGGGACAAUACCGAACACAUCGUGCCGCAGUAUAAUGCAUUCUUUGAAGUGUAUUCUGAAGUGCAAUUCAGCAAGAAUCCGGAAAAGUACGUCAAAUACCGUCCUACGGAUGUGACGGCUAUGCUGAAUAGCUUUUUCGAUGAUACUGUUUAAGUUAAUAAUAUUUUGACGUCAAAUUAAUUGUUGAUCGAUUUACUAUUAGGUCUUUGAUUAGGUGCUUUAAGUUCACCGAUUUAUUUA